AUGGAAGAGGAACAUGCUGCCCUGCUGGACAACAACACCUGGGACCUCGUCCCUCGUCCAUGUGGUCUCUGGAAAAUGGAUCUUCAAGCACAACCUAUUCAUCAACUCGACGUUAAGAACGCCUUCCUCCAUGGGACUUUAUCAGAGACGGUGUACUGCUCACAACCCACUGGCUUCACUGAUUCUGCACACCCGGACCACGUGUGCAAGCUCAACAAAUCUCUUUAUGGCCUGAAGCAAGCACCCCGUGCGUGGUACAGCCGGUUUGCUACCCAUCUGCUCUCCCUGGGAUUCACCGAAGCCAAGUCUGACACCUCUCUCUUCAUCCUCCACUGCGGCGAUGAGACUGUUUACCUGCUGCUAUAUGUGGAUGACAUCGUUCUCACCGCCUCGUCACUGCAGCUCCUCCACCGUGUGAUUGCUGCCUUGAAGAAGGAAUUUGCCAUGAAAGACCUUGGGCCGCUGCACCACUUCCUCGGCAUGGCUGUACAGCGCCAUAAGGACUCCCUGAUCCUCUCCCAACGGCAGUACACUCUCGACAUUCUUGAACGUCAUGGCAUGAACGGCUGCAACCCGUGUUCCACCCCCGUUGAUACCUGUGCCAAGGUUUCUGCUACAGCUGGUCCCCCGGUGGCUGAUCCCACUGCAUACCGCAGCCUCGUGGGUGCCCUUCAGUACUUGACCUUCACCUGCCCUGACAUUGCCUAUGCAGUCCAACAAAUCUGCCUUCACAUGCAUGAUCCUCGUGAGAAUCAUCUGACUGCAGCCAAACGGAUUCUACGCUACCUUCAGGGCACCCUCAACUUUGGUCUGAUCAUCCCGCGGUCUGCCCCCUCACAGCUCAUCGUCUAUACCGAUGCCGAUUGGGCGGGCUGCCCUGACACGCGUCGAUCAACUUCAGGUUAUGCUGUUUUUCUGGGUAGCAGCCUCGUCUCGUGGUCAUCCAAGCGCCAGCCCACUGUCUCUCGGUCCAGUGCCGAGGCCGAGUAUCGGGCAGUUGCGAAUGGGGUUGCUGAAAUCUCCUGGCUGCAGCAGCUCCUUCAGGAACUCCACCAGCCCGUGAAGACCGCCUCCCUUGUCUACUGCGACAACGUUAGCGCCGUCUACCUCUCCACCAACCCCGUCCAACAUCAGCGUACCAAGCACGUAGAGAUUGACCUACACUUCGUCCGUGAACGGGUCGCCAUCGGUGUUGUUCGUGUUCUCCAUGUACCCACGACUUCACAGUACGCCGACGUCUUCACCAAGGGACUCCCGUCUUCAGUCUUUGCCGAUUUUCGCUCCAGUCUGAACGAUUAUUACUCUGUAAGUGAUUAUUACUGA